AUGGCGCAACUCGACACUCUCGAUCUGGUGGUCCUGGUGGCGCUUUUGGUGGGUAGUGUUGCCUACUUCACCAAAGGUACUUACUGGGCCGUUGCCAAAGAUCCUUAUGCCUCCUCCGGCCCGGCGAUGAACGGCGCUGCCAAGGCCGGCAAGACCCGGAAUAUCAUCGAGAAAAUGGAAGAAACGGGCAAAAACUGUGUUAUUUUUUACGGAUCGCAAACGGGAACUGCAGAGGACUAUGCUUCCAGAUUGGCGAAGGAAGGAUCUCAGAGAUUCGGCCUGAAGACCAUGGUGGCUGACCUCGAAGAGUACGACUACGAAAACUUGGACACCUUCCCCGAGGACAAGGUUGCGUUCUUUGUGUUGGCCACCUACGGAGAGGGCGAGCCUACGGACAAUGCUGUUGAGUUUUACCAGUUCUUCACCGGUGAAGACGUCGCCUUUGAGAGCGGCGCUUCCGCGGACGAUAAGCCUCUCUCAUCCCUGAAAUAUGUCACUUUCGGUCUGGGCAACAACACCUAUGAGCACUACAACGCUAUGGUUCGUCAAGUGGAUACUGCUUUUCAGAAGCUCGGUGCGCAGCGUAUUGGGUCUGCCGGCGAGGGUGAUGAUGGCGCCGGUACUAUGGAAGAGGAUUUCUUGGCUUGGAAGGAGCCCAUGUGGGCGGCACUGUCUGACGCGAUGGGUCUGCAGGAGCGCGAGGCUGUCUACGAACCUGUCUUCUCUGUCACCGAAAACGAGUCGCUGAGCGCCGAGGACGAGACGGUCUAUCUUGGAGAGCCAACCCAAAGCCACCUUCAAGGUAGCUCCAAAGGUCCUUACUCUGCGCAUAACCCCUUCGUUGCACCCAUCGUCGAGUCUCGGGAGCUUUUCAAUGUCAAGGACCGCAAUUGUCUCCACAUGGAAAUCAGUAUCGCCGGAAGUAACUUGUCCUACCAGACCGGUGACCACAUCGCUGUUUGGCCCACUAACGCUGGUGCGGAGGUGGACCGAUUCCUUCAGGUCUUCGGUCUCGAGGACAAGCGUCAUUCGGUCAUCAACAUCAAGGGCAUUGAUGUUACGGCCAAGGUCCCAAUCCCCACUCCUACCACUUACGAUGCCGCUGUGCGGUACUAUAUGGAAGCCUGCGCCCCUGUGUCCCGUCAGUUCGUCGCCACUUUGGCCGCUUUCGCUCCGGAUGAGGAGAGCAAGGCAGAAAUUGUGCGUCUCGGUAGCGAUAAGGACUAUUUCCACGAGAAGGUCACCAACCAGUGUUACAACAUUGCACAGGCUCUCCAGAGCAUCACGUCCAAGCCUUUCUCUGCCGUCCCGUUUUCUCUGCUCAUCGAAGGCAUCACCAAGUUGCAGCCGCGCUACUACUCGAUCUCCUCCUCUUCCCUUGUUCAGAAGGACAAGAUUAGCAUCACGGCCGUUGUGGAAUCUGUUCGCCUGCCUGGUGCUUCUCACGUUGUGAAAGGUGUGACCACGAACUAUCUUCUCGCGCUCAAGCAGAAGCAGAACGGCGAUCCCUCCCCCGACCCCCACGGAUUAACUUACUCCAUCACUGGCCCCCGGAAUAAGUAUGAUGGAAUCCACGUCCCUGUGCAUGUUCGCCACUCGAAUUUCAAGCUGCCCUCUGACCCGUCGCGGCCCAUCAUCAUGGUUGGACCCGGUACUGGUGUUGCUCCUUUCCGUGGUUUCAUCCAGGAGCGCGCUGCUUUGGCCGCAAAGGGCGAGAAAGUUGGACCUACUGUUCUCUUCUUUGGUUGCCGCAAGAGUGAUGAGGAUUUCAUGUACCAGGACGAAUGGAAGGCUUAUCAGGAACAGCUUGGAGACUCCCUGAAGAUUAUCACCGCCUUUUCGCGUGAGACGUCUCAGAAGGUUUACGUUCAGCACAGACUGCGUGAGAACUCCGAGCUUGUCAGCGAUCUUCUGAAGCAGAAGGCAACCUUCUACGUGUGUGGUGAUGCCGCAAACAUGGCUCGUGAGGUCAACCUUGUUCUUGGCCAGAUCAUUGCUGCGCAGCGUGGUCUUCCCGCCGAGAAGGGAGAAGAAAUGGUCAAGCACAUGCGUAGCAGUGGCAGCUACCAGGAAGACGUGUGGUCAUGA